UAUAUAAAAAAGGUGAAACCCAUCAAUACAAAGCAAACCACAUCUCAGCAUAAAUUUAUAUGCAGCUAUGGCGCCGGAAAGAUGACUCAGCGCCGCCGGAAACUAGUAGAGUUUGAACUUGGUUUGUGAUACAAUUCUUGUAUGCUCGCUUAGGAUGCCUUAUCACCGCUACACAAGAUUAUCUGUGGAUUCCGGCGGCGGAGGGCCAGAAGAGGCGGCUACGACGUCGCGUAGCAGCUGCUGUGAGAGCGACUCCGAUUUGGUGUCGUUGAAGAUCACUAUGUUGGGUGAUCCCGAGAUUGGGAAAACAACCUUUCUGGUGAAGUAUGUGGGAAAUGAAGAAGGGUUGCGGAUGAAAGAGGUGAAUGUGAAUGUGAUGGAUAAAACUAUGUCCAUUCAAGGUGCAACCAUUGUUCUCACAAUAUGGGAUGUUGGAGGCGAGAAAAGGUCAUUUGAUCAAGUUCCAAUUGCCUGCAAAAAUGCAGCAGCAAUUUUAUUUAUGUUUGAUCUCACCAGCCGACGUACACUCAACAGCAUAAUUGGAUGGUACAGUGAAGCAAGAAAGUGGAAUCAGACGGCAGUUCCAAUAAUAAUAGGGACUAAAUUUGACGAUUUCAUGCAGCUACCACUUGAUAUUCAAUGGACUGUCGUAACGCAGGCUCGAAGAUAUGCAAAGGCGAUAAAUGCAGCCCUAUUCUUUACAAGUGCAACAUAUAAUAUUAAUGUGAACAAGAUGUUCAAGUUUAUUAUGGCAAAGAUAUUUAACUUGCCUUGGACUCUUCAUAGAAAUUUGACCAUUGGUGAACCCAUCAUUGACUUCUAAUUCUAUAAGUACUGGAAGUAUUUUUUCAAUUGCAACAUCAAGUUAUUAUAAAGUGGUAAUUUAAUUCUA